CCCCUCCGUCCGCGCCCUUUCCUAUUCCGGGACAGCCUGCGAGCGGGGAGGGGUGGGGAGAGAGCGAGCCAGCGAGCCAGCCAGCCCGGUCUGACGCGGGCAGGAGUUUGGCAACCUGGGAAACGUAGGCAGGGAGACCCCCCCCGCUCCCUCCCCCUUUCUCCAGAAGGGCUUUUCCAAUCGGAGCAGAAGAGGCUGUUGCUCCUUAUCCCGCCCCCCAAAAAGCUUUCCGGGGGUGCGCUGGUGGGGGAAGUGCCAAGUGAGUGGCCCGGCGGGGAGAGGAAGCUGCGGAUGACUUUGCAGCCGGCGGAAGGAGGAGCAGUAGCGGCGGCGCUUUCGGCUGGAGCGAAGGCGAGCUCGGGAGCCCAUGGAACGUUGAGGCGCCGGGAAAGGAAACCCCCCCAUUGUGACGUCGCGUUCUUCGGAAGUGGGAAGUUUUCCCAACGUUCGAAAGGCGCGCCCGCCUGCCUUUGAUCUCCGCUGCUAGCUUCGAGAAGGAGGGGCAUUACUCCGGCGGCUGCUUUUCCCCUCCUUCCCCCCUUCCUUCUUCCAAGCCUUGUAUGGACUGUGGUACUUGCCCGCAGCCAUGGGGAAAAUGCUGUCCAAGAUCUUCGGCAACAAAGAGAUGAGGAUCCUGAUGUUGGGCCUGGAUGCUGCCGGCAAGACGACCAUCCUCUACAAGCUUAAGUUGGGUCAGCCAGUGACCACCAUUCCCACGGUCGGGUUCAACGUGGAGACGGUGACCUACAAGAACGUCAAGUUCAACGUCUGGGACGUAGGGGGCCAGGACAAGAUCCGUCCGCUAUGGAGACACUAUUAUACUGGCACCCAAGGUUUGAUUUUCGUGGUGGACUGCGCUGACCGCGACCGGAUCGACGAAGGCCGGCAAGAGCUUCACCGCAUCAUCAACGACCGGGAGAUGCGGGACGCCAUCAUUCUUGUGUUUGCCAACAAGCAGGAUCUCCCCGACGCCAUGAAACCACACGAGAUCCAGGAAAAACUGGGGCUCACUCGCAUUAGAGACAGAAAUUGGUAUGUCCAGCCAUCUUGUGCUACAUCGGGAGAAGGACUUUAUGAAGGUUUAAUGUGGCUUACUUCCAACUACAAAUCGUAAUUCUAGGGCAAUAUAUAUAUCUAUAUAUAAUUUACGUGCGCGCACACACAAAAUCUCUAACCAAUGAAUCCUGGAGCAUAUAUUCUGUUCUGAUUGCCUUCCCCUUUUCUCUUCCCCAACACUUUUUUAAAAAUUCUUUGCUCUGGCAGAAAUGGAGAGUUUUACCAUCCAAGGCUUGGAUUUGGAAGCAAGAGGUUCCUUCUCUGUCCUGGGUGUGUGUGUGUGUUUGAUGUAUGCUGAUGGGACAGAGGCUCUUGGCCCCAGCCCUUACAAGCAAGCUGCCUGGGACUGCUAGGUUCGUGUCCCUUCCCUCUCUCCCAAAGCCUCCCCCCCCACCUCCCGUGGUUCUCCAAGCUGUAGUGUUCCCAAAACAGUUUUAGCUUGAGAGCUCAGCUGUCUCGGCUGAACCGCUGACGUUGCCGUCGCCAUAAUUGUAGUUUGCUGGGGGUGGGGGACGGCAUUAUGACAAGAGAAAUCCUUUCCCCCCUUCCUGAUCUUUAUUAGUGAGGAAUUCCGUCUCCAGUUUUAGAGUUCCGUCCUUGGAUCCUGCUCGCUGUCAGCCUGUGGUUGAAGGGGCCCACCCCGAGAGGAACCUCUACCCCUCUUUUUUUUUUGCAUAUUUUUGGGGAGACCGCAGUUCUGAUGCUCUCCUGGGUGCUGGGGGAUGUUUGCAUGCUGGAAUGCCUUGCCUUUUAACGCCUUUGCCGGGAACACCCUGUCCUCGCGCUCUGUCUGUCCUCCUCUCUUGACCUGCUCAACCUGCUGAGGUUGCCUGCUUGAUGUAGGCAAGGGCGUGCACGCCCUGCGCCCGACCAAACCAGUUCCCCCACUGCAAGGUUGGUGGAACUGAAGGAGCCAUCCAUCGGAGAUGUGGCUGGCUCUCUUUCCCCAAAUCCUUGCCGAGGAUCUUUCUUCCGGGUUUCCCUUCGUGGGUGAGGGGUGGGGCAGCAACUCUGGGGUUGCAUCUGCCUCUGAGGUGGCUGUACCUGCUCUAUGUUCCUCAUUUUCACCUGUCCACUGAAUCAAGCUGGGGCUCUGUUGUUUUGUGCUGUUCCAAUUCCAAAUCUUUUUUCCCAGGCAGGGGAAAUCACCACCACCUCUGAACCGCAUCCUUGGCUAAAGAUCCCCCCUGCCAAGUUCUCCAUCUUAGAGAGAGGGCCCUUUAACUAAGCUUUCGCCAACCUGGUGCCCUCUAGAAGUUUUGGAUGACAACCCCCAUCAGCCCCAGCGAGCAUGCGCUGGCUGGGGCUGAUGGGAGGAGUUGUCUGAAACAUCUGGAGGACCCCAGGUUGGCAAAAGCUGGUUUUAACUCAACCCUCUUUGCUGCCCUUUUACAUGGUUGGUACCUGAGCCUCAACUGGUUGAGGCCAACCUCCAGCCCUGGGAAUUGUGUUCUCCUAGCUGGGGUGUGUGUGUCUUGGAGGAGAAAAGUGCUUUGCUGGUUCUGUUCCACGUGGUGGGCAUGGAUGUAUUUUUCUUCCUCUAAUCUCAUGGAUGAAGUUGAUAACUUAAUGUGAUUUGUAGGGAUGGGGACUGGGUUUCCAGCACCUUAGACUGACCCAAGUCCAAGGCACGAACCAAAGAGGUUGGGUUCUUUGCCCAGAACACCAGGAGUCCGCUUGCCCCAACUUCGCCCUUCUGUUGUUUUGAAAGACCUCUUUCCAUUUCUUGUCUUACCCUAGUUUUGAGGCUGAUUCUGAAGCAGCAGUGACCAAUUUGGGGAAAAAGGGUUUCUGUUGCGCUGUCGUGAACCCUGGCACUCCCAGAUGCCCCCUCCCCUCUCUAAAUGCCUGGCUUUUAACCUUGAACUGCUUCACUUCCCAAUAUAACUGCUCUGCUCAGGGAUUCCUGCUUUCCUCGCUGUUCUCCCACACCCUUCCUUCCCAAGGUGGUGGUGGUGAUGGGGAAAUGUGUUGCUCGGUUUACCUCGUGUAAGCUUCUGAAUUGAUGCCUCUGCCUUUUGGUUGAACCAAUGGGCUGAAUGAAAAACCCCACCUUUCCUUCAAUACAAAGCCUGGUUAAAAUGUAAAUGUAUUGCCUUCAAGUCGAUUCUGACUUAUGGCGGACCCUAUGAAUAGGGUUUUCAUGAGGCUUAGAGGCAGUGACUGGCCCAAGGUCACCCAGUGAGUGAAUGGCUAUGUGGGGAUUCGAACCCUGGUCUCCCAGGUUGUAGUCCAACACCUUAACCUCUGCACCACACUGGCUGUUGACAAGGCCUGGUUAGGUCUUUGCUUUUUGGCUUUACUUUUGCCACCUGAACUAACAGGCAAGGACUGUGUGGAUUGCAGGGGUGGCACAGCAAGGCAGGUUCUCAGUGGAGAUGAUUUUUUAGGAGGGAAGGAGCUGUCACCCCCAUUCCCUCGAGAAAGAUUUGGCUGUUGCAUGAUCAGAUGGCUCAGGCCUUGUUUCCUGGUACCCCCUUGUGUAAAUGGUGGUGCCCACUCCCCAUUUGCAAGCUGCAUCCAAGUGUCUUAAGGAAGUCCCUGAAUAUGGAGAGUUUUGGGGGGAGGGGGUUGGGAGGUUGUUCCUCUACUUUGGAGAGAAGGAAACGAUUCAGUAGCUGGAAAAUACCAAGUCGUCAUGAUGGAAUUGUAGGGAAGGUACCUUUCUCUCCCCCCCCACACACCUUGGGACCUUACAGGGACUCUUGGUGCUGUUGCCCCUACAGAGAAAUCGUGCACACCCUUCCUCCAGCCACGUUCCCACCCCUGCCCGCUCCCUGGGCGUGAUCUCCUUUUGCGAGAGCAUGACUCAUAACUCCCACAAAGAGCAUUCUCUCUCUCUCUCUCCUCCCCCCCUUCAGUAGGGGGAGGGAGGGGAGGGAUUCUGCACAGCUCAGCAAGCUCAACGCACAUCUGCAACAAACUCCCUCUGUAUUUCUCUGUUUGGUCUUGGUUCUAGCGACUUCCAUAUUAUCUGCCUUCCUGCCCGCCUACCGAACCUGCAACAAAGCUGUCUGUGCCUUUCCCCCCCGCACCCAGGGCUGAGAUGAUAUGCAAUGUUUAGUUUUGCAUCUCACUCAUGAAACUGACUUGGAUAAAGAACCCUGUGCCGGAAUUUAAUGGUUGCAAUUUCUGUGCAAAUGUACUUCUCCUCCUCCUCCUCACGCCCUUUCAAAAUCGGCAACAGCCACCCUGCAAAACUGAAGUUCCGGCACUCAUUUCUGUGCCUUUUGAAAGUAAGGCCAACUUUUCAUUUUGCUCAGACCCCAUGUAGUGGAAAACUUUUAAGGGGGCAAGUCUGCUCCCUCUUUCACUUCUGGUUAUAAUCUUUCCUCCCCCAAACAAGCUUUGUUUAACAAUGUCUAGAAACUGCACUUGAAAGUAUGUUUUGAAACUAUUCAUGGGUUGUGGUGUGUGUGUGUAACUCUUGACAUUCCUUUGCUAGCUGCUCCUGUUGUUUCCAAAAUCAUUUCUUAUCACCCACCCAUCCACAACACACACAUUUCUCUCUCUGUCCCCCCCCCUCCCUUGACAUUCCAACAGAACUGCUUUGUUUUUUGGGAUCUCUUGAUUGGAUUCCUGGGCAAUCGCGUUGGCACGACAGGGAAUUAAAAGUCAGGUGAGCGCCAUCUGCUUAGGCAUUCGGGAUCAUCCAAUUUACGCUGCAAGAAAUGUGUGGGAUGUGUGCGUUGUCAGGAGUUUGCGUGAUGGGAAUUCAGGCUGGGGGGGAACCCUUCUCAUUCUGUCCUUUUCUCUCUCUGGUGGAUUGGUUUCUUUUGCACCUCUUCCAUUUUUUUCCAGAAAAAUGUUGCUUUUGGCUAUUGCCCCCACGAUUUGGGGGUGCUUUUAUCUUACAUUGAAGUAAGGUUUAAAAAAAAAGAUGGCAUUGUUUGGCCCCCACACCUUCAAAUAUGAAACAGAGAUUAAUAUAACCAUCUAAAACAAACCUGUUAGAAUCUAACACAAGGGUGAGUGUUGAUGGCGCCACGGUGAUGGUUAUUCUUCCUAGAAUUUGGGCGCCAGAUUUUAGAGCACAGUUGGGUGCUAAUUAAGCUGGAUGGGGUGGUCAGUUUGGGUGGAUCAUGCCUUAAUCUAUGGGCAAAGAUCUGAACUUAUCGCUAAAAUAUGUGUAUUCAUGCACUUCAGUGACCCUGACUCAGAAGUUAAAUGGUUAGGGUGAUAUAGGGAGGCACUUAAUUUCUCCAACACAUUGUUGAAUAGCUUUCUUCCCCUCCCCACCUUUUUGCCUAUAUAGUUGUUCUAGGCGCAUUAAAGUUAUUCCCAGAUCACACACAAAUGAGGCUUGGGGGUGGGAAUGGUGUGUGUGUGUGUGUGUGUGUGAACAUAACUGGGAAGUUUUCUGUGCCUUCAAUAAGAGCUCUCAGUUCCUUAAGGGAAGAACAAGGUACGCUUGUAAGCAAAACUGCAGCUGUCUGACUGGAAUACACUGGUUUUGUUUUGGGUUGUGUUUUUUUAAAAAAACAAAAACAAAAAAUUAUGCUUUCUUUCUCCCCAACUAGAAAAAUGUGGGGGGGUGUUUAUCAGAUGCUGAUCUGCAUACACAAAUGUACUGUACAUGUAACGCUGGAAUUUCUUUAGAAUCUUUUAUUUCAGGUUGGGGGAGUUCAAAUGUUUCUUGUGGUUAUGGGUGCGGGGGUGGAGAACCCCCUAAUCUUUAUAAACAAGGGCUCACUUCAGUGAACGUUUUUUUAAAAAAAUAAACAAAAAUAAAUGAUUUUUCUUUCUA